AUGACUUCUCAUUUGAUCACCUUCUUCUUCUUCCCAAUAGCUUUGCUUCUCGUCCAUGGAUAUAAUGCAAUUGACGGUCUUGAAUUCUCGUAUAGCGGCAACAAUAAUGGUCCAGACAAAUGGGGAAGUCUUAGCCCUGCUUAUGUCAAAUGUCGAACUGGAAAUACACAGUCCCCGGUAAACAUUGUCGUCGAUCAAGUAGUUAUCAACAAGAGCUUGCCGCCUUUGUCAACCAACUACUCCCCCGUCAACAACGCUACUCUUAUCAACCAUAAAUACACUAUUGAGAUAAUUAUGAAAAUGAUAAUGAUAAUGCAGUUGCGUUUAGGAGAGGCGGGGAAGUUCAAAUUGAAUGGCAAAGAAUACAUUUUGUCACAAAUGCACUGGCAUACACCUUCCGAACACAAGAUCAAUGGAUUACAAUACGCUGCCGAGUGUCAUAUGGUCCAUUUAGCUGCCGACGGUAGUAGGGCAGUUAUCGGAAUCUUAUACAACAUUGGAAAUGCCGACCCCCUCCUCUCUAAGAUUCAUAAUAAACUUGCUGAGCUUGGGAAGAAGAAAGACGCAGUUGUUGAUGUUGGAAAAUUCGAACCAAAUAAUUUAGGAGACAAAUAUUACCGUUAUAUGGGCUCUCUUACUACUCCUCCAUGUUUGGAAGAUGUUACUUGGACCAUUAUGGCUAAGGUAAAAACAAUUUCCAAAGAGCAGAUAAAUAUUUUGGAUGAACCAUUGGAUACAACAUGCAAAUCCAACAACAGGUUGAGUAAAAAGAAUGAAGUUAAUUCUCAAACAAGUCAAGAUGUAGUAGAGGUAACUAGAGAGGAAGAUACUCAGACUAAUCAAGUUGAAGCAGAGGAUACCAAAGCUAAUGUAGAGGAUACCAAAACUGAUGGUGAAGGAAACAAAUGCAAGAAUCUUGAAAUUCAAAUAGAUGACAACAAAGAUAAGAACUUGUAG